AUUGAGAAUAAUGGCUUCACCCUGCAUACUAAAAGUCAUAUUAAUGGACAACACCAGUCAGAGGCUAACACUAUCAAACGGACUUCCUCAAUCUGUAAGUGAGCUCAUGGAAGAAGUGCGGCACCAGUGUGGACUGACCUACACCUUCAACCUUCAGUUUAUGGAUCCACUCUUUAACGAUGACUUUAUGAAUCUGACCUCAGUAUCUGAGAUACAAAACAGAGGCACAAUUAAGGUGGUAAAUCUGUCGGAUCCAACUAUUUUACAGUCACCUGUUUCAUCUGCUGGUUGUCGUUCACCAUCAACUUCAAGUUUUUCUGGUGUGAGCUGUCCUGACACAGACAUUCUUUCUUCAGCUGAGUCUCAGUCUGAGCCAUCCACCUCAAGGUCAUUUUGGCCAGCCAAGUUUUGUGUUCCUCAGUUUUCCUUUGACUCUGAAUUAAAACUUGAGCGAGCCAAUGCGGAAUAUAAAGAAAAUGGGACACUUCUCACUCCAGAUAACAAACUUUUGUCAAACAUUCUUGAUGGACUUGUGCAAGAAAUUGUUCAUUAUGGACUUUAUAUAACCGACAGCCAGUUCAACAGUGUGGGUGAGGCGCUCAUACUAAAGCAUCCCUGUCUGUCAGAGCGAGGCUCAGUAAGUGGAUAUGCUGGAUGGAAACAUCGCCUAAAAAACAAGCUUUCAAUUUACCGAACUCAGUUACGAAAACUUGGUUGUCACGAAGUAACUGUCAAUGCUUUGGCCCACAAGCCACAAGGCAAAGGCCCUGCUUUUGCCAUUAAAAAGCCAAGGCGCUCUGAAGUGAACUAUUGCCCUCCUUAUCCCACAGGAGAGACCGAGGAAACCUUAGAAACACUUCGAGUGGAACUUAAAACGGAUGUAAAAAAGAGGAACAACACAGAAACA